AUGCACUAUCUCACACUCUACCGUCGCACGGGUGUGUGCCCUGUUGCAGGCUCACCAAGUGGCAUCUGGAUCUCCAAUACCGUAUUAGCCCAAGCCACGGAGCGAUUCCAACGCUUCGAUCCGAUUCCUAGUCGAUGCUUGAGCUCAUAUGCCGGGCCUCUCGAGAGCCGACGUCGUUUGGGCAAGCGACAUAUCGUUGCCGUUGUACCCAAUUCUCAUGCUAUACCCUUUCCUUGGAGGAUCGAAGUGCCCGUUAAUCUCGGCGAGUGGACUUGGGAGGCUCCUGUUGCACCGAAUGAUCGGCACAAAAAAAAGAUUGGUCUGUUCGAACGCUUUCUCAGGAACCUCGAGGACAUGGGGCACGAAGAAAAUAUCAACCUUGCAAUUGCUACACCACCGCCGGAGGCGGUUAUGGUGCCCGCAGCAUUGACUCUCACAUCAAUAGAACAGGCCCGAGGUGAUAUGAACGAACGGCUCGCCAAAUUUUACAAGUUCGAAGAUGAAAACGCAUUGAAGAAGAUUUGCGAGCCCUAUGUUAUUCAGAUCUUGAAGAUGGUCGAGGAAAGGACGAUUUCCAACGACGACCUUGUCCAAGCUCUCGAUCCGUUCGACAAUCAUCUCAAGCAACAAGCACCGGCCAAACUUCUCGAUGAUAGGGUUGCCAAACAAUGGGUCUACAUAAUCCAUGCUAUGUAUCGCACCCGGACGACCUCAGCUGAAGAUUUGUACGGGAGCCAUGUUUGGCACCAGUGCCUCAAAACAAUAUUGCAUAUGGCACCCCAGCCCUCUACGUUCCAUUGCCUUGAGGAGCUUCUGAGACUUGUUUCCUUAUACGAAAAGAUACAACUAGAUACAAAUGACUACCUCGACCUAAUGCAUAGUCAUAAUCGACUGGAAAUGGCACAGGGCGAACAAUACCCUACACGACCUAUAUCAUUCCGCCUCUUACGCCGCAGUAUGCAGUUGACUCGAUUAAUUUCUGCCCAAGGUCUGACACAAAUGGAGACAUUUGAAGCUUUGACUAAACAUUGCUUUCAGUGCGUCGACGAGACCACAGACCAACGUACGUUAGCUUUUCAGCUAUUGUUGAAAUUGGCGGCAGUCCCAGGUCUCAAGGCAGGCGAAUUUUCUACCCUCGCCAGCAAUGUUCACAGCAUCCAAGAUUGGGUAGAAUCAGAAGUUUGGCAAUUCAUGGCUAUUCGUCUUAUGAGCACGACACAGGGAGGAAUACGGCCUGAGCAAUUAUACAAAUGGAUUACCGGGCCUACACAGUUGCACCGCUGGGCAGCAAUGCUUCAAGACUCUCGUCAUAGUGAAACCAAGAAACGCAUAGCGAACUUGAGGGCGCUUACACAUACCAGUGAAACCUUUGGACACCUUGAUACAUUGAUCAAGUCGGUUCGGCUGGUGAACGAUCGUCAUGGGGUUAUACAAGAUAUGAUGAAGAUGGAGAGGGACCCGUAUUGUGCCGUUAUGAUUUGGGAAUCUUAUAACGCAGGGGCGUCAGUUAAGCAUAAAUUCCCUUGGUACAUGUGGGCACGACAUGCAGAAGCUAUAGUAACGCAUCCGGACCUACCACCAGACCUCAUCUGGCAGAUCGCCGAAUUUUGCUCAUCAAAGACUGCUACCCGGCUUAAAGCCCCCAUCGUACGGAACCUUGUGUUUGUGAUGGACUUCCUGGAAGAGAUUUGUCAGUUCUACAUGAAGAAACCCGGCCUGACAGCCCGACAGCGCCUUAGAUAUAUCGAAACCGCUAUCAACUGGGGCAAAAGGACUGGGCAGCAUAUGUCGCAGCCUGCGAUACAAACUCUAGCUGAGAUUCUGCUUCAGGACCUCGAAGAGGGUAAAAUGGGCCGCAAGACACGGCUUCGUUAUUUGGUCAAAAAGAUUGGGCAUUUCUAUGGAAAAGAGCAGGCAGCGAAGGUUGCCACCUCACUCGAUGGGUGGAGAUGGACCAACAGGCGCAGAGGGGGGCAGUUACCACGGCUACCAGCGCCAAUGAGGGAUGCGCAUUUCAAAUCAGAAGAACCAAUCAAGGAGCUCUCAAACUAUUCAGUGCAACCAACUCUGGAAGAGAGCCUGAAAAGACCCCUUCGGCAAGCAUGGGAGCAGACCCUGCCACCCAUCGGACGAGUUAGGUACGACAUCGAGAGCAAGGAUUCUCGAGACGAGGACGACAAUGGGGUGGGAGAUGAACGUACUUUGGAAUCUAUCAUGAGGGCUCAACGACGAAAGAAAGAGGCCAACUCUGGGAUAGGUUCAAGCUUCUAG